AUGGUCUGUGCUGCACUGUAUUACAUUUGCGCUUUUCAAGGUGCAAUGGGAGCUAGAUUUAAAAGUAGCCCCAAGAAAAGGAAAACAAAGCAGAAAGCUACGGAUUCUGACCUCAAAGCACCUGAAGGGCAAGAAGGUGUGGUGAAGAGAGUGCGUGCUCAGGCUGGGUCAACCACCAAUCAAGUGGAUGAGUCACAACAUCCUCGAUGUUCAGGACGUCCAGGCGCUGGGAAGGGAGGUAGAGACACUCAGCUGGAGAAAAUUGGCACCAUCUUGCAUGCCCCAACACAGACCAACCAAGCCAAGGGUAAUACAUCCCUUGAUCCGAAUGUUCCUGCAAAUCCUCUUGCUCCAGAACCGCCUCGAAAGGGUUGCGGAAGCCAUUCCAAGCACUCACACAAUGAAGAUGACCAAGUGGCCGAGAGAGUUUUGGCGGUUGAUGGUGAUUUAAGUGAGAGUAGUGCGGCGACAGAUCAAGAGAGUGCUCCCCAGGUAUGA